UCCCUGAGCUAUGAGAUAGACCCCGGAGAACCGAUGGUCGAUUGCAACCUUCCGGAGCUGCUAGUGAGGGAUCUUGAGGUUUCAGAAGACAUCUUCAUGUUGAAAGACAUGACGGCUGGUAGUCCUUGUGCGGGUCUCGAAGCGCUCCCUUCGGAUUUGAGCGACUCGCUUCCAGCGCCGAUUAUGCGCUACCGCCCAAGUUAUCAACAGGACCAACAACACCAGGCGGAGAAGCUUGGUGCAAGCCGACCUUACCCGGACUCCCUUGUCGAAGAUAAGGAACACCAAUGCGCUGAGCCGUCAGACGGUAUCAAUGAGUUUGGACCCAGAGACAGGCGCCGAGAUUCAUCUAGCGUCACGUCGGUGGAAAUGGGGCCACAUUCGAUCCGUACUCGACAACAAUCCGUUGCCACGGCGGCCACGUCAGUUUCUGGCCGCUGUUCCUCGCUUUUUUCGCACAACACGAUUUCACAAAGCCCUCCCGGACUUUCUUCUUGCUUCUCAAACAGCCGAGGAGGUAGUCCGCCCGGUACGUGGUACGAGGAUGAGCGCGAGUCUCCGCCAGAUGAGGCCUGUUGCUCAGUAUAUACAGCAAGAAUUUCAAUUUCCGACCCGCAUCAGCCUCACCUGGAUCUCGCUGACGACAUCAUCAUGUCGGGGUUGCAAAAAGCACCAAAAGACCGGGAAUUGCCUCCCGCCCCUGCGGAUUCUCACUUUCCCAAAGGCUGCUAUGCCACGUUCUCACGGCCACAUACGCCUGCCAGUCAAGCACUGCGGGAGAAGCCUCGAAUCAUCGACAUUCCGCCCAUGGCCAUUUGCCCAAGACCGAUUUCCUCGCUGCAUAAUGUUCAUCAUGCCACCGAGACGGCGUCAUCCGCAUCGGAGCCCAGGGGAACAGCACCAGCCGCUCGGUCAGGGGUUGGAAGACAGCGGCAGACCAGUUGCAGCGUCAAUCUGCAGGGAGAUUCUGACCUCAGUAUUCACUUGCUGGCGACGGCUAACGGCCGUACUGUCAUUGACGCUUCUGCGCCGCCUCCCAUUUCUCCGACGAGGAGAGGCCAGGUUCUGCCACAUCGUCCUCCAAGGUCUCCGCUUGCAGCGGCCGUUGAUGAGUGUGAUGUUUCAGGCGAUGAAGAAGCUCUCAGCUCCAGGAUGGAUGGAGAAAGACGUACAGAGGCUCGACAACCGUCACUGGCCGAUCUCCGUCGCUGGGUCGACGCCAGUACCGAAACGAUGGCUUUACCGCAGAUUUCCAUGCCAUACAACCCAGGCAUGCCACCUCCCGGAAUGCCUCUCCCCCCGGAGGUGAUGGAGUCCCUCCGGGUGUCAAUAUCAUGUUUCCCAGAAACGAUGCUCCUCACAUCAAGCCUCUCCAUCGAAACCAUCCGGGUUUACUCCAGGAAGGUUAAGCAUCGAGCAGCGCUGGACCGCCAGUUACAGAGCACUGAUACUGACUCCCUCUACUCAAACUCGCACAACACACGGCCUUCAAAACGGUGGAACAUGAGCUGGCUAAGUCAAAGCCGGCGCAGUAGCAAACUGCACCAACCCCAACAGAGCUACGAUUCACUUCCCUGGUCUACCCAUUCGCCGUUCAAUCCCUCUCCCUCAAGCCUGACAAUGGAGAGGCCACGAACAACAACACUCCACCUCUGGACUCCAAUCCAGACCAUCUUCCCAACCGCUUCACCCCACCUCUGCGACGCAUUGUACGCCCACCUGCUCGCGUACAACUACAUCCGUUCCCUCUGCCCGACCCCUGCACCCGCCACGACGCCUGUCCCGCCACCAACAAAAGGCAGAUCGAGCAACCAUCAGAUCAAUCACGGUUCAUCGUCACCAAGUGACGACACCGCUCGCACUCUCGGGAUCCCGCACAAGGCGGCCAGCCUGCUGGGCAUGGACGACCCAGUGUCCGCGACGGCCGCGUACCGCCAGCAGCAGCAGGCUCAAGGGAGUGGCAGCGCUAGCAGUAGAGCGCGCAUGCUGCUGGGCAGAGCUGCUGCUGGUGGUGGUGGUCGGCGGCAGACGAGUUACAGGGUGCUGUGGGACGAGCUGUUUGCUUCGUCCAGCGGCGGUUCCGUUUCGCAGAAUGGCCCUAGGAACGGUUUUGCUGGUGGAGGGAACCAGGAGUUUGGUGGUGCGUCGGCCGCCAUGAGGGAGCUUCUGGCGGGGUUGGGGAGGUGUGUCAAUUCGUUGGUGGCGACCAUGGGUAAGGGCGCAGGGGGUGAUCAGGUGCUGAUUGACGGUGAUGAGAUGGAGACUGAUGCGGAGGUAGAUUCACUGGUUGAGGAAGGGAAGAGGGUAGGGGUAGUUGUGCUAGAGGGAGCUGAGCCUGUGCUGGUCAGGGCGCUUUGUGAGGUAGUUAGGUGCGCCGAGGAG